GGAGGAGAUCCCCCAGGACACCAUCCACCGUCUGAUCAGGAGCAUGCUUGUCGGAUUCAGUGUUGCCAUUUCACUGGGACAGAAUGACACAGAACCAAUUGUUUUGGAAGGAAAGUGUCUGGUUGUUUGUGAUGCGAACCCAUCUGCAGACGGAGCGCUGACCUCUUCCUUUGGGAUAUCUGUCCGGGCAGGCGGUGCUAAAGUGGCAUUCUCUGCACUCAGGGGAACCAACCAUGAACCUUCUGAUUUGAGUAAUAAGUCUCUGACAAUCUACUUUGACCAGGUAUUAGUGAACAUUGGCAACCAUUUCGAUCUGCAAGCGAGUGUAUUUCAAGCACCAAGAAGGGGCAUUUACAGCUUUAGCUUCCAUGUGGUGAAGGUUUACAACCGACAGACUAUUCAGGUUAACUUGAUGCACAACGAAUUCCCCGUCAUAUCAGCUUUUGCCGGCGACCAAGACGUCACUCGAGAAGCUGCAAGCAAUUCUGUCCUUCUACACCUGGAACGGGAUGAUAAACUCUACCUGAAGCUUGAGAGGGGGAAUCUAAUGGGUGGAUGGAGGUACUCAACAUUUUCUGGAUUCUUGGUAUUUCCACUUUAAUCACAAGUCUCAAAUCAAGUGCCUCUUCUUUUCAUUGAGGACGCUGGACACCCCUUCUCUGGAUGUUAAUGAUAAAAAAUGUAGUAGUAUUUUGGAGAUUUAUUCUGAAUUAUUUAAUUCUGUAAGGUUGGGAACUACUUUAUGUAUGAUAUAUAUAAUAGCCUGUGGCACCCAUUCUGCUACUAUCCAUGGUCCUGAAUCUACACAGACAGGUUCAGUAUCCGUAUGUGGUGCUGAAAUAGUAAACUGCAUCACAAGCACUUUGAGCCGACAGGUGGUUAAGUGAGCAUUGGCACUAGGGUCAAAGCUGUUGAUACUAUAACCAGGACCAUUCUGUAAAGAUGUAUACAUGUACUGGAAACCAAAAUAAAGAGAAC